CCGAACUUAAGGCUCGGACCCAGGCUCGGGCAAUAAAAGCGACCCCAAAGAAAUGAUAAUAAUGCAGUAAAAGAAGAGAGAUAGAGAGAGAGAGAGAGAGAGUUUUAGACAGAGAGAGAGAGAGUGAGGGAUGGGUCAGAUCGUGAAGAGGAAGAAGAAAGGCAGACCAUCAAAGGCAGAUCUCGCACGGCGGGCCUCCGAGGGGGAGCCUCCCGGAGCGGCGGCGUCUGAGAAGGACGUGCGGCGGAGCCUCCGCCGGCGGAAUGUCAGGUACAUCUUUGACUUCGACGACUUCGACGACUUGGACGAGGAGGAGGAGGAAGAGGUGGAGGACGAAAGGAGGCGGCAGAAGAAGUUGAAGCUGCUGCUGAAGCUCCAGGGGAAGGAAGGCGGUGCUGAGUCGGAGCCGAGUCGGACUCGGCGCGUGGACCACGCGCCUCCUGCUUCUCCCUCCUCUUCGGACUCCGGCGAGAAGCCUCCAAAGAAAAGGAAAAUCGACGGCGGCGAUGCAAUCGACGCCGAUGCCGAUGAAAAUGAUGUUAAGAACGGAGAGAUUAGAGGGACAAAGUCAGGAUCGAAGGGAGCCGACUCUGUUCCAGGGACACCAUCAGAACCUCCGCUGGGGCUUCCUCUACAUGAUAAGAAGACAUUGGAGUUGAUCCUCGACAAACUUCAAAAGAAAGAUACCUAUGGCGUGUAUGCAGAACCGGUUGACCCCGAAGAGCUUCCUGAUUAUCACGAUGUCAUUGAGCAUCCCAUGGAUUUUGCCACAGUGAGGAAGAAGUUAGGAAAUGGAUCGUAUUCUACUCUUGAACAGUUUGAGAGUGAUGUUAUCCUAAUUUGCACAAAUGCAAUGCAAUACAACGCGCCAGAUACCAUAUACCAUAAGCAGGCACGCUCCAUCCAGGAGCUGGCAAAAAAGAAAUUUCAGAGGUUAAGGGUUGACACUGAGCCUUAUGAGAAAGAGCUUAAGACAGAUCAGAAAAUAAGAUCCAGCUCCUAUGGUAAGAAGCAAAUAAAGAAGCCAAUGAACCGGGUAACACAGGAACCUGUUGGCUCUGAUUUCUCUUCAGGUGCAGCACUUGCUACAGCUGCAGAAUUCCAGAGUGCUUCAAAUGCUACCCAUAUUGGUGGUUUGGAGAGGCUUACGAAUGUGGAUGGACCCAUAGAGGGGAAUACUUCCCAGAUUGAUAACAAUUUAGAUAAGCCUGAAGAUUUACAAGGUAGGGGUCUUCUAUCUAGAUUUGGGAGAAAACCUUUUUUGCAUGAUGAGAAUCGACGUGCAACUUACAACAAUUCCGAUCAACCCGUGGUUGGAUCGGAGUCGAUAUUUACAACCUUUGAGGGUGAAAUCAAGCAGUUGGUUACUGUUGGGCUUCAUUCAGACCAUUCCUAUGCCCGGAGUCUGGCUCGUUUUGCUGCGACACUUGGACCCGUUGCCUGGAAGGUUGCCUCCAGAAGGAUUGAACAGGCACUACCUCCAGGGUUUAAAUUUGGCCGUGGUUGGGUUGGAGAUUAUGAGCCACUUCCAACACCAAUUUUAGUGCUUGAGAACUGUUCCCAAAAAGAACCUGCUUUUCUAACCAAGUCAUCCCAUACUUCUGAUGUAAGAAAGGAUGACAAAAGUACAAAGGCCCCAGGUCCUGUCCAAGAGCAUAAUAGUUUCCCUGCUUUAGAAGGUAAUUCAUCUUUGUUUGAUGCUGCCGUAACCAAAUCAACUGUCACUGCUACUGCCAGCAACCCGGUUCCUGCUAAGGAGCAGUCUGUUCGGAGGACUAUUUUGGAAGGGAAACAGCCUUUUUUUGGUUCUGGUGGAAGCAAACCUACUAUGGCUGGAAGCCCAAAUUAUCAGCAACAAAGCCCACGAUCCAGGAAUAAUGGACCAGAGAGAAAAGUUGUAAAGCAAGUUGAAUUGAACUAUCUUCCAACCUCAACUAAUCAAAAUAUGAAUAAUUUGGUUGCGGAGAAGCAGAUUCCAAAUGGUCUGGACGUGCCAGCUUCAAGGUCAAUGGAGACUGUUUCAAGGAACAGGAAGAUUGUUCAAUCUUCAUCUUUUAAGCAUCCAGAGAAUAAAGGACUUGUUGCUGGGGGAUUGCCGAAUGGAAAAGUUACAAGUAAUAAUUUGGACAGAAAUAGGAUGGUUGUUUCAUCAUCUGAUACUAACCAGUUGGCAACACCAGCAACUUAUUUUCCCCACGGGCAGGAACAGGGUCUAAGCGAUCCUGUCCAUUUGAUGAGAAUGAUGGCUGAAAAUGCUCAGAAGCAGCAGAAAUCUUCGAAUAAUUCUCCGGUUGGUAGCCCAUCAGUUAUUCCAACAUCAGGUCCAUCCUCAAGAAGAGAUGAUUCUAACAAUGCUGCUGCAGCUGCUGCCCGAGCAUGGAUGUCAAUUGGGGCUGGAGGGUCUAAAGUAACCUCAGAAAAUAUGAGCACACACGCAAAUCAGAUAUCUGCUGAUUCACUAUACAAUCCAGCUAGGGAUCUCCAGCCACAAGUGUCACGAUUCCGUGGUGAUUUUCCUCCUGCUGGGAUGCAUUUUCAGCCCGCAAAGAACAGCUUUCCGCUUCAGCCUUUUGGGGCACCGCCUGUUAGAAUGGAGUUCCAAAACAGACCAGUGCUUUUUCCACAGAUAGUAACAGCUGAUUUGUCCAGGUUCCAGGUGCAGCCUCCUUGGCAAGGCCCGAGUUCGAAAAGGCAGCCCAAAGAGAAACAGGAAUCACAUCCUCCAGACUUGAAUAUAGGUUUCCAGUCGUCUGGGUCCCCGGUGAGACAGUCUUCAGGCGUCCUCGUGGACUCUCAGCAGCCGGACCUAGCCCUGCAACUUUGAUGCAGCACAAUUGUGUUUUUGGUUGGGCCGGAAGAAGAAAACACCAAGCAUUGUGACAUGGUAUUGUCAGAUGACGUCAAAGAGGAAUGUAAGUACUCCUUGCCCCCAGCCAGUAGUUGCAUCCCAAUAUUCAUGGCUUCUUUACAGUCUGUUUGGAUGAUCGCCUGAUAGGAAAGAGUUUCACAGCAGCUGGAUCCAAUCCUUCUAUAUAUUGAUCGAUCAAGUUGAAGUCUUUAACUGGGGGUUUUCCAUUUGAAAGGUUGCCCGGAUCAGUUUGAUAAGAAGGUAACAUACCUAAGAUGGGAUUCUCUCUCUGAUUAUUCAGUAAAAUCAGAAGGGAAAAGAUAGUUUUAGAUUGGCUACUACUGUUAUCUGCCUUGAUUGAGGAUUACUGACUUGUAGUAGCACACAUAUCCAGUAGGUUGCUAUAUAAGAAUUGCCCGAGUUGAAAGUUGAUUAGUGCCACCAUGAUUGUAGCAAUGUUUAAAGGUCCAUAUUCCCAGUGAAUUAAUUGCUGGAACCCUGUUAAUUCCUUGUAUAUUUAUGAUGGGCGGGUUAAGGAGUAUUUGAAGUUUUGUUGCCUUUUUUUAA